AUGCAGAACAAGUACGACGGCGAUCCAGCAAAGAUCGAAAACGAUACGCAGUUUUACCGAUGGCUAGGUAGCAUGAAGAAGGCAAGCAGCGUGCUGAUCGAACAAGAAUUGGAAAACGAGAAGGGGGAUCCAGGAUUGAAACGAGCGGUAGAAGAACGUGUUGAAGAGUCGCUUCGAAAAACAGCAGCCAUUGUGGCCGAGAAUUUGAUGAUACGAGAGAGUGGUCCCAGAGGGUUGGAUGGUCUUGGUCGUGAACAAUUUGAUCAUCGGUUGGCAUCACAAAAGGAUAGCUUGGAGAAGGAUGUACGAUCAGAGAUUCAAGAAGUGCUUGCAAAACGAUUGAACCUGACUGCUGAAGUGGAGCCAUUGAUCCAAGAUAUGGUGAACAAAAAGUCAUCCCAAGCUGAGAAUGUCGAGUUUGAAACGAGUGAUGCCGAGGAUACUGAUGAAAACGAUUAUACAUUGCCCGAAAACGAGUAUCGUGAAGCUCUUAGGUUGCUGGCGCAACUGGAAGAGGUACUUCCACCGACAAGCGAUGCACUUGAUACCCUUUACAACCUACUCAACCAAUAG